AUGGGUAUUCCCUACUCCCGCCAAAUCAACGCCGCCUUCGAACAAGUUACACCCCUCGUAGCCGCAGGUUUCAAAGUCCUCCGUACAACACGCGACAUCUCCAUUCUACUCGCUGUUAUUCAGGUCUUGACUGUUUUCUUACUGGGACUUAUCCUCAUCGCGCUCGUUGUCCUUCUGUAUUGCGUGAAUCCAGAUUUGGAGGUUCGCUUACACCUUGACGAUGCUUGUAACACUCCGUUCGAUACUGAUGUCUACCAGGAAGAAAGGCAAGCUAUCAUAACGCCUUGGUUGCGGUACUUUGCUGGUAUAACGCUUUGGUCGGUAUUGAGAACUUUUCUCUCCCUUCUAGCGGUAGCAGGGCUUGCGGGGGCAGCGACAUGGCACUUUUUCUUGGCGAAACAAUGGGUCGAGGAUGUGGAGUAUGAGGGCAAUGUCGAUGCUGAUAAGGCGCUCGAGGAUCUAGAUGAUGAUGCUCAGGCUGAAGGCGGUGGAAAUGGUGGAAAUAAGGGAAAGGGAAAAGGGAAGAAGUGA